GUACUCUGGCCAUCUCAAUCAAUCCAUCAUCAAAAGUGCGCCUGCUACUCUUACAUUCAGCCCAGCAUCAUGCGCUUCAUCCCCCUUCUCGCCCUCCUCCCAGCGCUUGCUGUGGCUGAGGAGCAGGUCCCUCUUGCAGACCGUGUUCAGGGUUGGUUUAAUAAAGCAAAGUCCUAUCUACCUACUGCGACUCCCGUUAUCCCUGUCGCCGAAAAGGUAGCCGAAGUGCCCAAAAAGGUCAUUCAGGAAAAGACCGUCACACCUUUCAACGCAACCAACUGGCAAUCGCUGCUGGAGCCGGCCGCGGAUGCCCAGGACUGGCUAGUAUUUAUCACCGGUGGAAAUAAGACCUGCUUUGGCCGUUGCGGCAAGGCCGAGGAGGCAUUUAAUCAAUCUGUUCUCCUUUUCGCUGCUGACCCAACCUCGCCCAACCUUGGCUACCUCGAUUGCGAAUCUAACCAGCUCCUCUGCUCCGCCUGGUCUGCUGGCGCUCCAUCCGUCUGGUACUUCAAAGUUCCCCAGGCUCAAGUCACUGGGGAGCGCCCGUCUACUCCCCUGCAUAUCGUCUACGUGAACUCAACCACUGUGACCCCUGAAAGCAUCUACAGAAUACACGCCGAGAAGACCUACGAGAACAAGCCCGCCUAUGAAGGUGCCUUCCACCCAACAGAUGGCUGGCUCGCUCAGUGUGGCCUUCUGGUACCACUGGGCUACGUCAUUUACGGCUUCGGCGUUGUUCCUAGCUGGCUCUUCAUGAUUGUCAUCAGCAUGGCCAGCCGGACGAUGAUGAGCCGCAGACUUGGAAACCCAGGCGCCCCUGCCGGUCGACGCGCUUAGACGAUUUUGUCAUGAAAGUUUGCCUUUUUACAGUGCCAUGGGCAAGGGUGUAUAUAAUAUAAUCUAGCGGUACCCUCUGA